GCUUUGUGCUCAGAGUGACUCAUUUCUGUUGAGUCCUAGGCGUGGUCUCCUGACUACACGUGCCUGGUUUUGUAUCUUCCUCACCUAAUAUAUCUACAUGUCAAAGAGGAUUUCUCUUCUGUAGCAAUCCUGGGGGAGCUGCACAGCCAGGUCCUGUGUCCCAGCCCCAGAAACAGCCAUGGGAGCCCGUGUCCUUGCAACUGACACCAACAUCUCGUCUGGCCUUGAGAGCAACACCACGGGCAUUACAGCCUUCUCCAUGCCGGCCUGGCAGCUGGCACUGUGGGCCACAGUGUACCUGGCGCUGGUGGUGGUGGCUGUGACAGGCAACGCCACAGUUAUCUGGAUCAUCCUGGCCCAUGAGAGGAUGCGCACAGUCACCAACUACUUCAUCAUCAACUUGGCUUUGGCUGACCUCUGCAUGGCUGCCUUCAACACUGCCUUCAACUUCGUCUAUGCCAGCCACAACAUCUGGUACUUUGGCCGUGCCUUUUGCUACUUCCAGAACCUCUUCCCCAUCACAGCCAUGUUCGUCAGCAUCUACUCCAUGACGGCCAUUGCUGCUGACAGGUACAUGGCCAUCGUCCAUCCCUUUCAGCCACGGCUGUCAGCUCCUGGCACCAAGGCAGUUAUCGCUGGCAUCUGGCUGGUUGCCCUGGCUCUUGCCUUCCCCCAGUGCUUCUACUCCACCAUCACUGUGGACCAAGGAGCCACCAAGUGUGUGGUAGCCUGGCCUAAGGACAGCGGGGGCAAGAUGCUCCUCUUGUACCAUCUUCUGGUGUUGGCCCUCAUCUACUUCCUUCCUCUGGUGGUGAUGUUUGUGGCUUACAGCAUCAUCGGUCUCACCCUGUGGAAGCGUGCAGUCCCCGGUCAUCAGGCGCACGGUGCCAACCUGCGUCACCUUCAGGCCAAGAAGAAGUUUGUGAAAGCCAUGGUGUUAGUGGUGGUGACAUUUGCAGUCUGCUGGCUGCCCUACCACCUCUACUUCAUCCUGGGCAGCUUCCAAGAGGACAUCUACUACCACAAGUUCAUCCAGCAGGUCUACCUGGCGCUCUUCUGGCUGGCCAUGAGCUCCACCAUGUACAAUCCCGUUAUCUACUGCUGUCUCAACCACAGGUUUCGCUCUGGAUUCCGGCUGGCUUUCCGGUGCUGCCCCUGGGUGACACCAACUGAGGAAGACAGGCUGGAACUGAAUCACACUCCAUCCCUUUCCAUGAGGGUCAACAGGUGUCACACAAAAGAGACUUUGUUUAUGACUGGGGAUGUGAACCCCUCGGAGGCUACCAAUGGGCAGGCUGGGAGUCCACAAGAUGGGGAACCUGAGGGACCCUGAAGGCCUUGAGCCCAUCUGCAG